CCGGGCAUGGAGCGGGAGAAGCUGCCGCGGCGGCCCGGGCUCUCCCUGCGGCUGGACGAGGCCGAGGGGGAGGCGCCGGGCCCGGGGGGCUGGCAGGCGGGCGGCCGGCUGCGGCCUUCCUCCUACCGGGCGCUGCGCAGCGCCGUCUCCACUCUGGCGCGCCUCGACGACUUCUACUGCGAGAAGAUCGGCGCCGGCUUCUUCUCCGAGGUCUUCAAGGUGAGGCACCGCCAGUCAGGGCAGGUCCUGGUGCUGAAGAUGAACAAGCUGACCAGCAACCGAGGGAACAUGUUGCGCGAGGUGCAGCUGAUGAACCGGCUCUGCCACCCCAACAUCCUCCGGUUCAUGGGGGUCUGCGUCCACCAGGGCCAGCUGCAUGCGCUGACAGAGUACAUCAAUGGGGGGAACCUGGAGCAGCUGCUCGAUAGCCCCACCCUGCUCCCCUGGCCUGUCCGCCUCAAGCUGGCCCUGGACAUCGCCCGGGGGCUCUGCUACCUGCACAGCAAGGGCAUCUUCCACCGGGACCUGACCUCCAAGAACUGCCUGGUCAGGUGUGAGGACAACGGCUACACAGCCGUGGUGGGCGACUUUGGCCUGGCAGAGAAGAUCCCCACCUACAGUGAGGGCGGUGAGAAGGAGCCCCUGGCUGUGGUGGGCUCCCCCUACUGGAUGGCCCCCGAGGUCCUGCACGGGGAGCUGUACAACGAGAAGGCGGACAUCUUUGCCUACGGCAUCAUCCUCUGUGAGACCAUCGCGCGGGUGCCGGCCGACCCCGACUACCUGCCUCGCACUGAGGACUUCGGCCUCGACGUGGCCGCCUUCUGCAACCUGGUGGGAGCCGACUGUCCGGCGGCUUUUCUCCAGCUGGCCUUCCACUGCUGCACGAUGGAGCCCACGGCCCGGCCCUCCUUCCUGGAGAUCGUCCAGCGCCUGGAGGCGAUGCUGCUGCUGAUGGCCGGAGGCCCCGGCCAGGCCCUGCCCAACAGCGACGGCGGGACGGCCCUCCCAGGCAACUCGGCGGCCGCCGCGCUGAAGGGUCAAGCGGCCAAACAGCUCUCCUUCCCCAACACCCCACCUGGCCUGCUUGGACAACGGCUCUUGACCCCGGAGCAGCCCCUCUCCCGCAGCCAGUCAGAUGUAUUCCGCCCUCGGUCUCCCGCUUUGCCCCGUGCCCACGACACUCCGCAGCGCGUCAACCCCUUUUCCCAGCGCCAGGACCUCCAGGGGGGCAGGAUCAAGCUCUUCGACACCCCCAGCAAGUCCCUGAUCUCCCUGACCUUCAACCUGCCCCCCCCCUCGCCUCUUCCACCGGGCACCCCCAUCACGCCGGAGCCGGCCGUGGAGAUGCAGUGCAACUUUGCCGAGCCCGUGGCCAUCAUGCGCAGGUGUCGCUCGCUGCCGUCCUCCCCGGAGCUGCCUCGCCGGGAGCAGCCGCCCCACAGCCCCCUCUUGGCCCUGGACCGCACCCCGCCAGAACCCCCCAGCCCCCCUGCCAGCGAGCAGAUGGACUGCAGUCCGGACAGCCCGGCGGCCCCCUUGACCAACGGCAGCUUCAUCAGCACGGCUGUGUCGGCGCCCCGGCCGUGGUCCCCCAACGGGCUGCUCCUGAACAACAACAGCAAGCCGCUCGGCUGGGGCAGGGGCUUCUCCGAGCUGAGCGUGCCUCCCAUGGUGGAGGGGGCACAGACGGAGCACCCGGGGACGGCGCUGCCCCUGAGCCCCUCCAGCAGCAGCUGCGUGCUGGAACAGGAUGAGGUGCUGGCCUGCCCUGCCUGCUGCCUGGGGCCCUUCAGCUUCAGCUUUGCUUCCGUCUGCCACCGGCCGGCCACCAGCACCCCUCGCUACCAGAACCUGAACUGCGAGGCCAAGAGCCUGCAGUGCCCGGAGAGGCACCCCCAGCACUGCAAGGGCCUGGCGCUGGGCCUGGCGGAACCCAGCCUCAAGUUGCCAGGAGCCCAGUCCUGAGGCUGGCCCUGCGGUCGAGGAGCACCCCGCCUCCGCCUGGACAUCCUGGAUGCCGAGGAGCGGCACGACACCAUUGGGCCAGACUGCUCCGAUGUUGCAGGGAGGGCUGCCCAGCCCACGGGGAGGCAGGAGGGAGCCGCCAGUCCACAGCCCGGUCUCGGGCGAUGGGAGUCUUGCUUUUGCCCACCCCUGCCUGGCCCCGUUGCAGUCGCGAGGGGCAAGCCCUGGGCUCCCCAACCUCUUGGCCGUGGGUGGGUGCAGAGAAGCAGAACGGCAGGAAGACGCAGGGCUGGGGCGAAGGGAAUUCGGGCUGGGGGCCCCGUAGGAGGCUGGCAAGGGUAGGCCCAGGUCAUUCUGCCUGCUGGGGGCCCCGGCACACCUGGGGUACAGGGCCCGUGGGAUGUGUCGGAGGGAUGGGGCAGGGAGGGGGUCCAGAUAAACUGCUGGCGCCCCCCUCCUCUCCUGCCCUGCGCAGGGCUGGUCCAGGGUGGCUCCGCCUGGCCCUCUCCGGCACUGGGGGGCGGGGGAGAAGGCAGCUGCGUUUUUAAUAAUACUUGGAAAAUACUUGUUAAUAUAUUCAGCUUAUUUAAUGUGUUGAAAAAAAUAAAACCUGA